AUGUCCAAUGGUGACAGUUUUGACCUACAUGUGUACCGAGACGGCCCUGGCCAGCAACCACCACAGCAGCAACAGCAGCUACCACAGCACCUGCCGGAAGCGGAAGCAGGCACAGAGGAGGGCCCAGUGCUCUUGCAGCUUCACAGUAUUCUGCAGAUUGACACAGCCCUCCACAAUGAUUCCGCAGUAGCGUCAGAUGAACAGUCCAUACAAGAAGAUACUCUGGAAUAUCCAAUUCGUCUUAUUGGCCUAGGUGAGCUUAGGGACCAGGUGCCUUCCUUUGUCACCAUCAUGGAUGUGCCCACUGAAGCCAGUGUCCAGCAGGAACUGCGUUGUUUUGGUCAUGCAUGUACAGUUGUAGUUGCCUCCAACCAAACGCUUGCGGUUUGCAUUCCAGAGAGUUGGCCUUUCGAGGAGGACAAGCUUCUGCUCAUGUUUACUGACAUGCAACAAACACUCCCGAACGAACAAUCGGCCUUUUUGACGCUCACUGAACAAAUGGAUCUCUCAGAAGUACAGCUGAUGUCCCUACUGCACAAAUUUGGCUUUGAGAAAGCUGUCAUUGGUGCAAAAAGACAGUACAAUGCCACAUUUUUGGAGGUCACUUUUCAACAAGCUGGAGGAACGCUUGAAUCGGAACUUGAUGCCUUCUUCAACUGCGACACUGAUUAUUUGUGCCGUAUCACGGAAGGCCUUCCACUUCUGCCAGCUUCUGCACACCAUGCAAGGGUCAAGACGGGCGCUCCUGGAUACGAUCGGACCAAAAUUGACAGAGGAGUCGAAGAUCUCCUGAAGCAACCCAUCUCCUGCACAUGGAAGGAUGAUGUGGAAUCACAAGCCACAAAGAUCGCGGAGCACUUUCGCACGCAGUUGGCGACGCGCUAUCGAAAGAGUCGGCAUGGCCCCAAAAAGCCUUAUGUCUCUGACAAGCUAUGGCAGUUGAGGCUCCAGAAGAUUGCGCUUAGAAGAACUCUCCGCGACUGCAGAAGUCUCCUCCGUAGAGAAGCGCUGUCCAGAAUUUUUCUGGCAUGGAAACAGACGCCUGAUGCUGAGGAACAGAUCAACCUGUCCUUCAACUAUGGCACUUCGUUGCGGAUUGGGAGCUUCCACAGAUACAUUGAAUUUGCCUCUGUUGCAGCGCAACUCCGAAAGGAACUGCAACAUAGCAGAAACCACAAGCUGCAAGAGGUCCUGCAACAGAUCGUCAUGGACGCUGCGGGAUUCCUCUUGUCUGUGCCGAAGGAAGAUUCGCUUGCCUUUGAAGCAGUGGCACCAAGGGACAAUCUUUCAUUUGUCGGGCCAUGCUGGAUGGAUGACCUCUGUGUUUGCCUAACGGCAACCACGAAUGAAAAACUCGACUCCGCCUUGGGCUUUGCCACCGGAGUACUCUUGGACAUUUUCAAGAGCUAUGCGAUGACACCAAACCUUCAACCAGGCAAGACAGCGGUGCUCAUUUCCCCUAGAGGACCAGGCACAAACCAAUGGAAGAGGAAAAUGUUUGGCCCUAUGUCGGAUGGAUGCUUCUUGUCGCUGGGUGAACACCAUUCAUACAGAGUCCCCAUCGUGACGGAAUACACCCAUCUUGGAGGGAAAGUGCAUUUCUCUACGAAAUUGAGGAAAGAAAUCAAGACACGACUUGGACAAGCCCAUCAAGAAUUCAACAAGCACAGGAAGUUGCUCUAUCAAAACCGACACUUCCCGAUUGACAAGAAGAAGGAGCUCUUCCAAAGCUUGAUCUUGAGCCGCCUACUCUUUGGUUCGGAGACGUGGACAUUUUCCGAUCAGAAGACCAGAGCAUACCUACACGGAGGCACCAUGGGUCUUCUCAAACGUCUCCUGCACCAACCUGGACACUGUCCAAUUUCUGAUGAGGAAGUUUUGUACAGAACCAGAAUGCCCUCACCAACAACCAUGCUACGAACCCGCAGAUUGCGAUACUUGGGUUCACUUUUUGCUGUUGGUGAUACUGCUUGCUGGGGGCUGCUCAAUCAAGAUCGAGAUUGGCUAUCACUCGUCCUUGAUGAUUUCAGAUGGCUAUGGCAUCAACUCCACCACUGUUGCAAGUUGGGCGACCCUGCGGCCCACCUACCCAGAUGGUUGGAAGUGAUCCGCUUUCACAGAGGAUACUGGAAACGCCUGAUCCGUAGAGCGACUGAACACUCCAUCGGCAUCCAAGACAGAGAGUACCUGGUGGCCAUUACACACCAGAAUUUUCUCGAUCAUUUGACAAAGGGGCAUUUUGUUGAACUUGCAUCGCAUGAGACAUUUAGCCGACGUUCAUCUCCACAAGCCUUCGGAUGUAUGCAAUGCCAGAAAGCAUGCCGUUCUUUAGGAAUUGGUUCAGUUGAAGACACAGUCCGAUGGAUGCAAUGGGACAACAAACUGCCCCCCUUGGCUGCAGAGGGACCUCAACCCCGUGAGGCUCCUAGGAGGGAUUUCGAUGUGGAGCAUCCAGCGCUCUAUGAGGAGGUCAUUUUGAGCAUUCUGGAGGCAGAUGCAUGGCCCUUCCUGGCAGCCCUGCGCUGCGGAGCACAACCGACUGUGCCAUCACAGGAGGAAAUUGACAGCCGCAUUGAAGCCGCGCAGAUCAUCCAUGACAGACUGGCGAUCCCGAAUGCAGCGAUAGGCAAGACAGUCGAUGGACAAUGGGCCACGACUAGUCUCAAAGAAUACCCACCGGCUUUAAACAAAGCCCUGGGGGAAAGCUUUGCCUUCCACCUUCUGCAGUACCCGUAUCAGCAGGCCAUGGAUUACUCAGCACUCAGCAAGGUGGAUCCCGAGGAGCUGCUUCAGACCUUCAAAGACAAGGGAACUUCGCACAGCUUCUGGGUCAACGAUUUGGAAUCUCCCGCCUUCACAGUCUCCCCAGAGCUCAGUGAACUGAAGGACUACCUCAACGGCUGUGGCUUUGAGGCAGUGCUGAUGUCUGGCUCUGGGAGUACCAUUUUCUGCCUGGGUGAACCCGGCAGCGGCGCCGACAUUUUUGAGGCCUCCACAAAGGAGAAGUUUGACAUCGAGGGGAUUUGGAAAACGCGAUUCAUGCGUCGUCCUAGUCCCAGCGAGUGGUACCAGGAGGUUUGA